GCAUUAAAUGCGGUACCUAUAUUUUCUAGGCGAUCUUUCCUUUCUGGCCUUGUCUGUGGCUGUGAACGCAAGCUGGUUUAUACUAUUCCAUAGGGCCGAAGAGUAGUAACUCAGUAGAUAUGAGGUCUUUCCUGCUGUUACCAUUCACAGUGCUGUGUAUUUUCUCAGCUGUUGAUAGUGCAGUUGUAAAAAAGAAAGAGCAUUCGGCCGAGGCUUUGCAAACUCCACAGACAAGGAAAUUCAAGAACGGCAAAGAUACCAGUGCCCGGCCGCCGGUUGCAGAAAGCACAUUUGUCGAAACGACCGUGUUUCAUGAAGGGACGUCCAAACGUAAACAUGGGAAACAUCAUAAACACAACGACGAAAAUAGAUCUAAUUUACCUUCUAAUCGAGACGAGGACCCACACAUUUCGCAGGGAGAAGAUUCUGACCAACAGGGCGAGCUCGGAGAAAUAUUACAAGAAGAACAAUCAUCUAUAAUAGAACACAAUAAUAACAUGGCUAGUUUAGAUGAAAGCGAUCCUCAGAUGGCGCGAAAACUUAGGAUCGAGAUGAUUAAGCAGCAAAUACUGGAUAAGCUGCGACUAGAUGCACCACCAAACAUCACACGGGGGAGAGUACGUUUACCGGAGCCCCUUGCGUUCUCAGAACGUUCCCUGGGCAUGCAGAGUGACCAGCCUCCGGAAGUGCAGGAGGAUGAUUAUUAUGGCAAAUUAACUGAAGCUAUCAUAUUUGCAGAGGAAGUUGACAACUUCUGUGAAUCUAAGUCAAGUUCAACUUGUUUUCGAUUUCCUCUUCAAUCUGAAGUUCACGAUAAAUCUAUCUCGUCCGCUCAGCUUUACUUUUAUCGUGUUGCAUCACCGAACGACGAAGAUGAUCAAACGUUGUCAGUGAUGCAGCUUGGACACCAAGGUCUGAAACCUAUAGGCGAGGUCCGCACCUCUAACAGGGAGGGCUGGGUUCAGAUGGAAAUUAAAGAAACAGUUGCUCGUUGGCUGAUACACGAUGUCGACAAUCGCGAACUGAUGGUACAUUGUAAAACUUGCCAGUCACAGAACUCGCCAAUUUCGCUUACUGGCUCUAAACGCCCAUUUCUGUUUAUAAAGACUGAUACACCGACUUCGAGGCGGACCACAAGAUCGAUAUAUUGCAAACCCGGGAUCAAGCAAUGCUGCCGCCAAGACUUCUACAUUUCAUUCGCAGAAAUCGAAUGGGACGACUGGAUUAUACAGCCGGUUGGAUACGAUGCGAAUUUCUGCAAGGGUAGCUGUACACAGGGCACAUCACCACUUUCCCACCACACAAGUAUUAUCUACUCGGUUGCCAUGAAGGAAAAGGACAAAGAAAUCCGCGACUUGUUGACGCCGUGUUGUGUACCGUCAAGCUUUUUACCGCUGGAGAUCGUUUACCAUACUGAUGACGAUUCGAUCUAUAGGCGCAGUAUUCCAAACAUGACAGCACAAAGUUGCAGAUGUGGCUAGAUCUCUCACCUGCCUUGUUAUGGCCAUUCCUGUCUCUCUUCAUCACUGGUACAUCGAAAAUAGUUUCGCGUGAUUGAUUGACGUGUGAAAAACAGAUUUAGCAGCAUCGAGAUGGAAUAUAGUCAUCGUUGCAUCUGCUAGUGAGUCUCCUUUCAUCACGAAAUAAUGUAUAAAUGUGUUGUGCGCAUGCGCUUAAAAACUGUAUUUGAGGAAAAAAUAAUGAGACAUUUUAACCUACCAAAGCGAACUAUCCCAUUUGCAAUAUUAACUCUAUGUUUUGUUUAAUACAGUAUAUUAAUUGGCAUAGUGUGUACUCCGGCCAACUUGAUGCAUCGCUCACACUCGGACAUACUUUGCUGGGCGUCAGAUGUUACUGAAUGCAAUGUCAAAGAUUAUACAAAUGUACUUUAUAUAUCAGUAUUAUAUAAGUUCAACACUUAUUGCAUUGGUUGUAAUUUAUAUAAAUCAAAUAAUAAUCUGAAGUUAUGUCAACAAACUAGUUACUUUUAAAAAAAGAAUGCAAAUAUGACGAUCAAGUUAGCUAAUUUAGACGAUGUCUACAAUGGACAUGAAUUAAGAAUUUUUUUAUUUUUUUUUAAUUUUUUUUUAUAAUUAAAAAUUAAUCGGGAGGAUAUUGCCUGUUCUUAAAAGUUUGCAUACUGCCAAUUUUUUGAAAAGGGAUUCAUCGGGUGCGUGCUAAUCUCUAUUUAUAUUAUACAUGUUUUCACUUAUUUUGAAUAUUAUUCAUGUAAUACCGAUAUAUUUUUUUAUAUAUUAUGUGAUAUAUUUAUGUAUCACAUAUUCACAUGUUCAAAAAAUCAAUUCGUUAAAAACUAUGUUGUGACAAAUUGAGCAUGUUUACGCGUGAGCGUGACUUUUUCUAGCAUAAAUCUAAAGUCUACGUUCUUAAAUUAUCAGAUCUCCAAUGUAUUUUUUAAAACAAUAUUUUGGAGUACAUUUAUAUUAUUGUGUUAGGAUGUAUUGUAAAAUCUAUAUUAAUCGUAUUUAGCAUAAAAUGCUGAAGCUUCGACUGAGCCCUUUACUUGGGCUUUGAUUUCCCAUGUUGCUAGAAGAAAUCGCGAGCAAGUUAUCUAGGCCUGCCUACCACCGGAGCAGCCACAGGGUGCAAAGGUGUAGCAGCUUUGACAAACGCGUGGGGAACCCAAGGACGCCUACGAAACGUGUGUGACAAGUAUGCACCAUAUGGUUAUCAUAAUGGUUAUGGCUACAAUGUGAAUAAAACGCAAUUUUAGCACAAA